AUGAAUAUUUAUGCAACAGGUUUUUCCAGGCAAAAGUUUAUUCUGUGCACUACACGAGGAACAACUGAGUUCAGAAAUCAUAGAGAUCCUCUGAUGGCUCCAUUCGACAAGAUCAAACCCUAUUCGGAGUUGAAGUUGAAUAGUGAUGGAGAGAUCUCUGAGAGGUAUGGGUUUCCUCACCUAGGGCAUCCCUCUCAAAAAUAUUCUUUAAGUUGGAAGACGGACCAGGCAGGGGGCGGGUGGCUUAGCCUUGGCAACUACUUUGGAUUCUCGACUGUCUUCAUCAAAAAAAGAGAGGUUGUCAAGCCACGAACUGGAUUCCCAAAACUACAACGUGCGUUCCACGAAAACCUGGUGGGGUUGAUAGAGGCCUUCCAGGAUGGUGCCGAUAUUUACCUGGCAUACAACUACCACGGUUUUGCCGUUAGCCUCUCCCAAGUCUGUUCAACUCCUGGGAUUAGGCUCGCUGAAUCCGACCUAGCGAGCAUCUGCAGGAGUGUACUGAAGGGUCUGGAGUAUAUCCAUGAAACCCUUUUGGUUGCUCAUGGAAAUGUCGACAGCAACAAUACUCUUCUAUGUCAUGACGGAGCCGUCAAAAUAGCCAAUAUUGGAGACAGCAUGAUGGAUGUUGGCCACCAAAGAAGCUUUGCUCUCGACCGCGAAAAUGUUGGUUCGCUGUUGGUACAGCUCAGUAUUGCGCACAUGACUGAGCUUCCCCCGAGAAACCAGGGCAGCAAUCUCGGUGCAUACAUUAAUCUGUCUAAGUACGCAGAGCACUUCGGCUUCUUGGUACUUGAUGGGUCGAGCCGGAAAAAGCCGCGGCUAGUUGGUUUCGGGCCGACUUGA